CUCAGCACGGCACGGCACGGCGCGGCGCGGCACGGCACGGCACGGCACGGCACGGCCGGCUGCGGAAGAUGGCCGAGUCGCCGGAGGAGGUGGCGGUGCUGGUGCAGCGGGUGGUGAAGGACAUCCGCAACGCCUUCAAGCGGAACCCCCACAUAGAUGAAAUUGGAUUAAUACCCUGUCCUGAAGCAAGAUACAACCGGAGCCCAAUAGUCCUGGUAGAAAACAAACUCGGUGUGGAGAGCUGGUGUGUCAAGUUUCUUUUGCCAUACGUCCACAACAAACUUCUACUCUAUAGACAGAGGAAACAAUGGCUGAACAAAGAUGAGCUGAUAGAUACCACGUGUACGCUGCUGCUACUGAAUCCAGACUUCACCACGGCUUGGAACGUGAGGAAAGAAUUAAUACUUUCUGGCACUUUAAGUCCACUUAAAGAUUUGCAUCUUGGAAAACUGGCGUUAACCAAGUUUCCAAAGAGUCCAGAAACAUGGAUUCAUAGCUUUGGAUGUGGGAUGAUUUUUCCUAAGGAUUUAUCAUCUCUUUCAGCACUUAAAAUUCUCCCCCUGCGAUUUCUGAUUUCAUCAGGAGCAAGUAUUAGAGCAAUACGAUGGGUGCUGCAGCAGCUAAUUCAGGAAAACUCCUUGCCCACUCUUGUGAAUAAAGGAAGCUUGGGAGCAGCACCUGCGGAUAGAAUUCACCGACUAGUGCAGGAGGAAAUGAACGUCUGCUCUGAAGCUGCUGGGAGAUACCCAAGCAACUACAAUGCCUGGUCCCAUCGCAUCUGGGUUUUACAGCAUGUGGGAAAGAUGACUAUCAAGGUUCUCCUUGAUGAACUUUCUUCCACUAAAUACUGGGUUUCCAUGCAUGUCUCAGACCACAGUGGAUUUCAUUACCGCCAGUUCUUACUCAAGUCCUUGAUAGGCAGAACUUGGAAUGACGAUAAUACACUGGUACAAAAUCAAAUGGGAAAUGAGCAAAACUCUAGCCUUCAAACAGAGGAGGAAUGUGAAGGAGCAGAAGCUGUUUGUGUGGAGGAGCAUAGUGUGGAUAUCCCCUGCUAUUUAGAGGAGGAGUUGGAUUUCUGCACUGAUCUGAUCGACACUUACCCAGGGCAUGAAACCUUGUGGUGUCAUAGGAGACGCGUGUUCUACCUUCAGCACCUCUUAAUCAACAAACUUCCUCUUCUGAGUGCGGUGGUCUCAUCAGUGGACAGCAGUGAUGAAAUUUCGCAUAAUUCACACCCCAAUCCUGCGACAAGCCACGUGGCACAAGCUAUGGAUGUUGAUGGUUUGAAUGAAUCCAGCAGCAAACAAGGUUAUACUCAAGAAACAAAACGCCUGAAGCGUGCUCCUAUGCAGGACUCUUUUGGCCCAGAAAUGGAAUACAGGUUCAUAGAUAAAGUUUUAUCAACUUGUAGAGAUGUGGACCAAGCCAGGUUUGCUACUGCUUACAGGAAAUGGUGGACUCUGAAUGGUGUGGCUUUUCAGAAAAAGAGGGGAAAAAGAAAGUUGUCUGCUUUUGAACAGAGUGUCUGGAAAAAGAAGAAGAGGAUCUGUCAGUACCAGCUUAACCUUGUUCCAGCAUAUGCUUUUGCAUGGUGUAACUGCUGUGAAGAGCGUAACUCCUACCUGAAGCUUAUUAGGCGUCUUUAUCUGCACCAUCUCAAACCUGCUGCUAAUCCUACUAUAGGUGGAGGUGAGGUUGAGCCCACAGCAAACAGGAGGGUGCCUAUAUCUGUUCGCAGGACAUUUUGUGAUUAGAACAUAAUGACUGUGAAACAAAGAGAUUUUCUCCGAUGAGGUAUCCCUAUAUGUUGCUUUUGAAAUUGGUACAUCACUUAUUCAAUAAGAUUCCCUGGAUGGCUGUGUAGAAUGAAUAUAUUUUUUAAUUAAAAGCAAAAAACAACAGAGUAUAAAUUAUGCUAUUACAUAUAGAAGGGUCACAUAAAUUAUACACGGUACCAAAACUUGGUUUUAUGAGGCAAAAUAUGUUUAUGUCUAACAUGCUCAUUUCCUCUUGUUCUUUUUUUGAAAUGUCUGUGUUUAAAACUGGGUAGUCAUCUUGUAAAAUGUGAUUGGGAAUGUCUUCUUAACUUCAUGUAACAAAAAAUAACAGGUGUCUUAAGUGGUUUUAAGUAGCAUUAAGAUUCCUGAUAGUGAUAGCACUAUAGUAUUUAAGUACGCUAUUAAACACUAGUUUUGUAGCACUCUUAUGUACAUCAAAAUACUAUUGUAUGUAGGGCAAAAUGUUUAUUUUAUCAAGAUAUGUGAAAAAAUAUUUAAUUCUCAUAGCUUUCAUAUUAGGAAAAAAAAGCAGUUUUUAAACAGUAUUUUGCAAUAUUUUUUUCUAUGAAAUAUUCUCGGAUACACGGUUGUGACCACUGUAAAAUUGAUGGAGAUUUCCAAUGUUGGUAAAUUAGAUAAAUACUAAGUUUUGUAGCAGAAAGGAUAAGAGAACAGUAAAACUGGAGAAUAAUGUGAUAAUGACCAGUGUUCUACAGGAUAGUGACUUUAAAGCAUUACAUUCAUUUUUCACUGGUCCUGUUUUCUCAUAGUUCCUUUUUUUUUGUCACUGGUAAAGAUGAAUUAUCUAUAUUUAUUUUCCCACAGUGAGCAUGCAUAUGUACAGGUGGGUAGGUGGAGGAACUGUGUUCAUGUAAUGUCUGGGCAGGAAUGCAAAAUGUUCCACAUACAGCUAUUUUUAUGUUACACUGGUGAUCUUGUGAACAGAACUGUUCUGUGGAGGACCUGUCUUAAGUCUCUGAAUCUGGAAAGAUCAUUGCGAGUGUCAGAGUUUACUGAAAGCAGCUUCCCUACUGUGGCAGUUUUCCUUCCUUUCACAAUUGUUGGGCAAAUGUGUACAUAUAAGGACCAAAUGAUUUGUGGUGGUGUUUUUUCCAACUGCUUGUAGGUAAUUUUUGAGACAGUGAAAGAGCUGGUCAUGUCCUGCAAGUUGGGAGAAUUGGGGAAUGUUCAGCUGGUGUCCUACUUGUUAGGUAACUUUCAUGAGUCUCCCAGGAAGGAACAGAGAUUGGCACAAUUUUGAUAAAGUACGUCAGCCUCAGAGAAGACUAGGAAGACAUGUAGGACACAGGCCAGCAAUCAAUAUUUGAAUCUAAACGUCAAAUAGUUCUUUUUGUAUGCUAUUUUUAGUAUUUUCUUGUUAUUCUUUUCAUAAAAAUAAAUUACAUUAAUUUUUUUGAAGAUAUUCAUCAUUUUCGAUGCCUUUGGGUUUUGAUUUACUUAACUUGGGGGAUUAAUUAGAUAGGCUUAGUAUGAGCAAGUAAUAAACUUUAGACUCCUUUAGCAAAAACAGUUUGCAGGAUCUGGAUUUUAGUUUGUUACUGGUUUGAGUGCUUGAUUUUAGAACAAAAUGAAAUAGUUCAAUUGGAAAGGAUCUUCAGAGAUCAUGUAGCCCAACUGCCUGACCAUGUUAGGAGUAACCAGAAGUUAGAGCAUGUUGUUGAGGGCGCGGUCUGAAUGCCUCUUGAACACUGACAGACCAGGGGCAUCAACCACUUCACUAGGAAGCCUGUUCCAGUGUUUGACCACCCUCACAAUAAAGAAAUAUUUCUUAAUGUCCAGUCUGAACCUCACCUUGCACAGCUUUGUGCUGUUCCCAUGCAUCCUGUCAUCAGUUACCAGAGAGAAGUGAUUGUUUUAAGUUCUGUUGAAAUGAGCGAUAAAAUUCCUACUGACUUUCCUGACAAAAGGUUAGACCUUACUGAAGGAAGGAUAUCAGUAACUAUAUGGUAGCUCUGAAGUAUUUACAGUGAUGGAUUGUAAGUGACUUCUGUGUCUCAGGCAUAUCGUCAUAUUUACAACUUCAUGAAAAAAAGCUGAUAUGGUAAUGUGUAUUCAUUAGCACAGUGGUUGAAGCGAAGCUGUUAAGGUUCUGGACUAUUACAGGUUUAAAAGAGCAGCUGGAGACAAACGUGGGCAGUAUACAGGUUUCAAGAGCUAAGAAAGCUUUUUGUUUUUUGUUUUGUUUGGAAGAACAAAGAGUUUGGGAGGUAUUACAUACGAAGAUUUGUGUGUAGGUCAGUGACUGAGUUUCAUGCAAGAUGCUUAGGGAGGAAUGGUAAGCUUUAAGGUGCCAUGUGAUAACUGGUGUAACAUUGAAGGAAGAAAGUCCUAAUAAAUAUUGAAUGGCUUAAGUUUGACUGUUCUCAAAGUGUGCUGUAUACAUUUAUGGUGUAACAGUAAACUGCACGUUUGUCACUCUGUCAUCUCACAAACGUUUAUAACUAAUUUACUUUUUAAAAUCCAUCUACUUAAUGUUGAUUUGAGAUGUUUAGAAUUAUUUGUUGUUAUUGUUUCCUCCACUCUUUAAUCCUUCUGUAGUGGAAUCUAGCCGGAAAACAAUUUUCACAGUUGUAAACUUAGCUUGGUUGUAAAGGGAAGUUCAAACUUUGCCAUAUAAAAUGUUCAGUUCUCUAACGUCUAGUUAAAAACAUAGGAGGGCAUCCUAACAGUGAUUUCCGUUUGUGCACACUGAGUUUUACCUUGUUUAUCUCAAAUAUUUUGUAUUGCAUGUUGAUUAUAUUUUUACAUAUUAUAGUAGUACAAAAUAUAUUAAAAAAAAAUAAGAA